AUGGCGGACACUGCCUCGAAGCAUCGAGCUGAGUUUGCCUUUGCUCAGCUCGAGAACGAGAGAUCUCUGACAUCUCUUCGUGACGAGCUAAGGGUAGCUCGUGGGAUGAUUGAUCGGUCUCGGGCUGAGAUAACUGCUCUUCAGACCCUUGUUGAUGCCCACCAUCGGGAGCACAAGGCUCUCUGCGAGAUGCUUGAGCGCAAGGGCGUUCUUCAUCGGAAGAAGCAGCGUACUGAUGGUACGGCUUAA